AUGAGUGAUUUAUUUUCACAAGCUGAUGUCCACCUUCCACCUGAUUCUCCAGAUGGGUGUAUAUUAUCACCUGUUCCAGUACUUUCUUCUACAUUGGAUAAUUCAACUGAAACAACAUCACAAACCAUUGUUGAUAUUCCAAAAACAGUACGAGAUAAAUUUUAUGUGAACAUCAAAACUUAUGAAACAAAUUGGUCAGGCCAAUGUAUAUUGUGUAAUAAAAUUAAAUAUGAUAAUAAAGGUGUAACAUCGAACAUAAAUCGACAUGUAAAAAGUCAACAUGGAAAAGAAUAUCAAGAAUGGCUUACCCAAUUAAAUGAAUCCAGUAACAAAGAUCAGAAAAAAAUAUAUGAUUUAUUUAUUAAAAAUAAUGAAACAAGAACAUCACCAUUCUCAAAUUUUUAUUAUAAUAAUAAUCAUCCACGACAAAUUCAAUUAUCCAAAUCUAUUGUAGAAAAUCUUAUCAUUGAUCUUGGUUUACCACUAUCAAUAGUUGAACGUCAACCAUUUAUCAAAUUCAUGAAUACAAAGGAUCCAAAGUUUACUAUGACUAGUAGAAGAACAUUAAGUCGUACAACAAUUCCACGUUUAUAUAAUGCAAUGAACGAUGAAUUGAAGAAGUUUUGUAAUCAAUCUCAAUUCAUAUCAUUGACUUUAGAUAUUUGGACAGAUCGUCGUUUACGUGCUUUUUUCGCAAUGACAGGUCAUGCUUUCGUUGACAAUGAAUUAAAAUCUUAUGUAUUAUGCUUUUUACCUUUACACGGUAGUCAUACUGCUAAUUUGUUAUUACAAACUUAUGAAAAUAUUGUUAGUAUGUUUGAUAUACAAACCAAAUUAGUUCGCUUAGUGACAGAUAAUGCUGCGAACAACAUUAAAGCAUUUGAAAAUUUAAUAAUACCUGGUUUCGAGCAUUAUUUUGAUAUUGAAGAUGACGAUAAUGAUGAAAAUGGAAGUGAUCUUGAUUUAGAUGGUUUUAGUGAUGAUGAUAAUGAUGAAUCUGCCGUUCCAGUUAUAGAUAACAACGAUUCAAAUAUGAUCGAAUUAAUUAAAAAUAGUUUUGAUAAUGUUGCUGCAAAUAAUGAAUCAUUACGUAUACCAUGUUUUGCUCAUACUAUUCAAUUGGUAGUAAAUGAUGGUUUAAAACAGGUUUCAUCUAUUGAAUCUGCUUUAUCAAAAGUAUCAAAAAUAGCCAAAUUAUCUCAUACCAGUACUAUUUUUGCAGAGAAACUGGAAAAUAUUGGAAAAUCAAUACCAAAAGCUACUAAAACACGUUGGAACAGCCAAUUCAAUACAGUCGAAAAAAUUUUACGUAUACCAUCAUCAGAAUUAAAUGAAAUGUUAAUUUUAGUUAAACGUAAAGAUCUUUGUUUACUUACGAAAGAUUGUCAGAUGUUAAAUGAAUUUGUAUCAUUAUUAAUUUUAUUUGCUGAUGCAACAACAAUUACUCAAGCUGAAAAUACGCCAUCAAUUUCAUUUAUUGCUCCUACUGUAUUAGCAAUUUAUUAUGAUUUAGUAAAUGAACAAUCAAAUGUCUUAUAUACAUCAUUCUUAUGUCAUGCAUUAUUAACUUCAUUAGUUUCUCGAUUUGGUGGUUUAUUGGAAGAAUUAGGUGUUAGUAUUGAUAAAUCAAUUAAACAAAAAAAUUCAUCUAAACUUUAUAGAGACCAAAUAUUUAUUUAUGCACCAUUUCUUGAUGGAAAAUUCAAGUUACAUUGGAUUACUGAAUCAUCAUUACCAUUAGAAACAAAAACUGUUAUUUGUGAUAAAAUUAAAAAUUUAAUAUACGAUCAUUGCGUAGUACUUCAGCAUAAUGAUUGUUCAACAGCAACACGUGAAGUAAAUGUUACUCAUGAUGAACAAUUAACAACAGUAACAACAGCAAAAUCAACACCAAAACGCAAAAGUCUGUUCUCAUACAUUGAUCGGAAAAAUAUUAAAAAACAAAAAGUCGAUAAUUUUGCAUUCAUCAAAGAUGAAAUUACUAGUUAUCUUAAUGAUGAUGAUAGUGAUUCAAAUAGAUUUAUUCUAAUUAAUCAAUCAAUUAAAUACAAAACGUUGAAUCGAUUAGCAAAGAAGGUUUUGACGGUUCCUGCCACAUCAUCACCUGUAGAGAGAAUUUUCUCACAAAGUGGCUUUAUAUUUCGGCAACAUAGGGCCAGAAUGUCAAGGAAGACAUUACAAAUGUUAACUAUGUUAAAAUGUAAUCAGGGACUUAUGUAA